AUGUCUACAUUCGGGAAGGGAAUUAGACAUGUCGUUGCAAGUGCAUGGCGAAGAACGCAACCAAAAGUUGUCCGUCUUCCAACUGGGAACUCCGUCAAGAUAUUUGAGCAAAAGCCUCCAGCCUGGGCACGAUGGGCUCUUGCUUUAGUUGCGGUGGAUAUCAUGGUCUCAACGUCUGCUGUUGAUAUUGUCUGGAAUACCUGGGGCACGCCUGCUCCUCCUUCAGAUGACGACCCCAGACCUACAAACCCAGAAAACGGGGAUGAAGUCGUGCCCCCGAAGAUGGUGCUUAGACCCGCAUGGCAGCGGGCGUCAACAGGCGUGCUCUUCUUCAUCUCUGGCUUUGCAGUGGCCGGUUUCGUCCUUGCGGCGCGUUCUCGGCUCGUGAACUCCUUAACCUAUGUUCGUGGACCACGACCACAAAUCUUCCUCCAGACUCCCAACCACCACCCGAACUAUGGGCUGCAGUUCGCCUUGAAGGACUGCUCUCUCAUCCCAGGAAAUUCAGAGCAGAUGGUGCUUGAUACGCGCACACAAGGACGAUGGGUGCUCAACGUCCGCGGUGCGAUAUUGAAUGGCCGACCAGGGCCUAUGGAGAAGGAGCGAGCACGAAGCAAACUGAUCUCAACGUGGAAAAGCAUUCAGGGCUCCACAACACCAUUUACGAGACGGAAAACGGUGUCAUAG